UUGGGUGUAGUGGGUUUACCUCAUCGUGCCACUUAUCUUGUACGACUUACUGUGUCUCCCAAAAUUGUUCUUUGAAUUCUGCCACAUUUUCUUGUUUUGUUCUCAUCAUUCAAAGUCCUACAAGCAGCAAAAAUACGUACUCAGGUGGCAAGGAAAACACUAAAUUAUUAUUUGUGUUUAUUAUUAUUUGCACCUAAUAUUUGUUACACAUCAACCACCACAUAUAUAUAGCUCAUGUGCUUCACUUUAACUCCAAAAUCCUAAGGGGUCCUCUUUCUCCACUCUUUGUGGCUUAGCUAAAAUGGAAGUUCAAUCAGAUAAAAAAUGGAUGGACAAUGGACCCUCUCGCCGGGCCAAAUGGUGGUAUUCAACAUUCCACACUGUGACAGCCAUGAUAGGUGCUGGUGUUCUAAGCCUGCCCAAUGCCAUGGCAUAUCUAGGAUGGGGUCCAGGGAUCUUGAUGUUGUUGUUAUCAUGGUGCCUGACCUUAAACACAAUGUGGCAAAUGAUCCAGUUACAUGAGUGUGUUCCUGGAACUCGUUUUGAUCGCUACCUUGAUCUUGGUAGACAUGCUUUUGGACCAAAACUUGGACCAUGGAUUGUACUCCCCCAGCAGCUAAUAGUUCAGGUUGGAUGUGACAUUGUCUACAUGGUUACUGGGGGGAAGUGCCUAAAGAAGUUCAUGGAGAUAGCAUGCACUGAUUGCACACAACUAAAGCAGUCUUACUGGAUUCUGAUCUUUGGUGCCAUCCAUUUCUUUCUGUCUCAGCUUCCCAAUUUCAAUUCUGUUGCCGGGGUUUCUUUAGCUGCAGCUGUGAUGUCAUUAAGCUAUUCAACUAUAGCCUGGCUGGCUUGCUUGGCUAGAGGACGGAUUGAAAAUGUUAGCUAUGCUUACAAAAGAACCAGCAAUACAGACUUAAUGUUCAGGGUCUUCAAUGCACUUGGUCAAAUCUCGUUUGCAUUUGCUGGCCAUGCAGUGGCCCUUGAAAUUCAGGCUACAAUUCCAUCAACCCCUGAGAAACCAUCAAGGAUACCAAUGUGGCACGGUGCUCUUGGCGCCUAUUUCAUCAACGCAAUAUGCUAUUUCCCAGUUGCACUUAUAGGAUACUGGGCUUUUGGUCAAGCUGUUGAUGAUAAUGUGCUUAUGGCACUUGAAAAGCCUGCAUGGCUUAUUGCCUCUGCUAACUUGAUGGUAUUCAUCCAUGUUGUUGGUAGCUACCAGGUUUAUGCUAUGCCUGUUUUUGACUUGAUUGAGAGGAUGAUGAUUAGAAGAUUGAACUUCGCUCCAGGACUAGCACUCAGACUUGUUGCUCGAACUGCUUAUGUAGCUUUUACAUUAUUUGUUGGGGUCACUUUUCCUUUCUUUGGCGAUCUUUUGGGGUUCUUUGGUGGGUUUGGUUUUGCUCCCACUUCAUAUUUCCUUCCUAGUAUAAUGUGGCUGAUAAUCAAGAAACCAAGAAGAUUCAGCAUCAACUGGUUCAUCAAUUGGGCUGCAAUAUACAUAGGAGUGUGCAUUAUGUUGGCAUCUACUAUUGGUGGCUUGAGGAAUAUUGUUGCUGAUGCAUCCAGUUAUAGUUUCUACACCUAAACUAUAUGAUGGUAUUGCAAUAAUAUAGCAAAUAUAAUUAAUCCAGUAAAUCAAGCUGGAUUAGAUUAUCUAAUUAUUUUGGUCUUUGUUACUUUGAACUCUAGGCUGUAGCCUUUUUCCACCAUCUUACUCUCCUUUUUUUAAUGGUAAAAUCACCUCUGAAAGUUUAUUUUGUCAAUUGAGAUCAAGGGUUAUUGAAUAACUUGGUAAGGGGCGAUUUUAUUACAUUGUAUGUGUCAUGUCAGCAAUGUGGAGUAUGAGUCAUGUCAGCAAUGCGGAGAUGUUGAAAAAAGCCGCAGAUAUUCCAUUUAUACUUGAUUGUUUUUCUUCUCAAAAUGGCUAAACUGUUAUUGAGAUUCUCAUGCUAGUGAUUUUAUGUAACCCGUUCCAAGCUGAUGAAUAUCUUGGAUAAUGUAACUCUUGUUCACAUUUGCAAAGGGAAAAAGGCAAUUUGCUUACGAUUGUAAAA